CCCUUCCUGUCAAGAUGCCAGUGGGAGGCUAGAGAACCCCCUCUGUUCAUUCAGUUGAGUGCCUUGCUCCAAGACACACAUUUUAUACAACUUUUUCAUUUUUCCCUAAAUAAAAACAAAAUAAGAAUGGCCGAUUUUUUGAAGACAGAGGAUCAGGUGAAGAUGAGUGAGAUCGUCGAAAAAUUGGUCAAGCAAAAUUCCAAACGAUGUUCCAGCACUGAAGGCUACUACGACAUACCCUGCUCCUCCACCUCGGACAUCUACGCCAGCUGCCCCGAGCUGGCCCGCGUCACCGUCGUCCCGGGGAGCACCUCCUCCUGCGCGGAGAGCCUGCGCGGGGGGGAGGAGGGGGCCAGCGGCUCGGCCGGGAUGCAGCACAUCUACCACUCCGGCCAGUUGGUGGCCAUCGGACAUCGUGUGGCCACUCAGAUGCUGGAUCCCUCCGGCCAGCGGGAGAUGCAGCGCUCCCGCGUCCACCUGGACGAACGCCUCCGGUCCGCCGGAAUCUACCAUAACCGCCUGGUGAGCCACCGCCAGGACCUUCAGUCCGUCCAGAUGCAGAUGCAGUUGCAGCAGUUGCAGGGGCAGGAACAGGGCGGCCGCGGAGACACUGAUCCCGGCAAGCGCACUCCCAUGUAAUCAGCUAUCAUAUCGACGUAUCGACGUGCCCCAUGCAUUGCCCCGUGCCCCAACUGGUUGUUCCCCCUAUUUUCAAUUCAUUUUUAACACUGGAGCCGAAGAACAUUGUUGUGAUGAAAUCUCAACUAGUUUGUGGUCAAAUUGUUUAGUUAAAAGUUGUAUAAAUGCUAAUCUCUUGCGUUGACGGCCCUCGCUUUCUUCGAUUAAACACCAACGGCCUCAACGGGUUAAGAUUCAAGAUGGA